UCUUUUUAACGCCGAGUUCGCGUACACGUUCGAUCGAUCACGGUCAGUUUUCUCUUUUAUUUAAAUUUCAUUUGUAUCGAUUCAAUCCGGGAUUCGCAGCCAUUUUGAACCCACCCGUUUGCCUUUUAUCCCUGUGAGAAUUUAAAAUAAAAGAUAUUUCUUUCAAAAUAUUUUGAUAAUAAUCUAUUGUGAGAAAGUAUAUCGGAAUAUGUAUUUUAAGAAAAUAUUAAACUGGUCGCGUUAAAAUAGAUGCUUUCUGAGAUUAGAGUGACUUAUAUGAACGUCAAGGACUUCUGGAGUCACGAGAGACCUCCUACUAACGAUCAUAUGGAUAGAGCCGUACGGCAUACAAGCUACGUCCGGCUGCCAGUGACAAUACUGUAUAUUGCUUUUACCCGGCGACUCGCUAGGAUGGACGAUUUCCACGGCGAUUUGCAAGAAGAGUCAUUAGGACGACCAUCAAUCAAAUACCAAAAUAGUGGAUACUACGAACCGUGGAAAUCGCUUGCGACAAUACGGAGCCAUCUCACCCCAAUUGCUGAACGCAGACGUGAUCAAGGUCAAAGAAGAGUUACGGUUUUGCAUGUAAAAUAAAUGACUAUAUAUGAUCCUCGAUUUUUGGAAUUGAAAAAAAAGAGAAAUUCUUUUUAGUGAUAAAGAAGAAUAUAUAUUUUUCUGGAAACAAACAUUUUAUUUCAGAAAAUAUUAAAUAUUAAACGUCUUAUGAGAAAGAAUAAA